AAGACUUAUUACAUUUAUCUCUACGAUUCUCAUUUAAAGUUGUACGAGUUCUCUUAUAGGUCCUUGUUAGAACUAGCUGAUAUGGAGAUUGAAAAGCUUGAUGUGGAAGCUUCUAUGGAGGAGAGUGGUGGAGUAGAGUCCUCUAAUGGAAAAGAGGCUCUAUUAGCUUCAGACCUUUCUGAGAAUCUUGAUCUUGAUGAAGAUGAAAAGGAGAAUAACCAAGAAGAAGAGGGAAGCAAAGCUGAGUCUUCAACGAAGAAAAAGAAGAAGAAAAGUAAAAACAAGAAGAAGAAGAAGAAGAGUUCUCUUCAACAGACUGAUCCACCUUCAAUUCCUGUUAUUGAUCUCUUCCCUUCUGGAGAAUUCCCUGAAGGUGAAAUCCAAGAGUACAAGGACGAUAAUCUGUGGAGAACAACAUCUGAAGAGAAGAGAGAGAUGGAGCGGCUACAAAAGCCUAUAUACAACUCUCUGCGCCAAGCAGCAGAGGUUCAUCGUCAAGUUAGGAAGUAUAUGAGAAGCAUAAUGAAGCCUGGAAUGUUGAUGAUUGAUAUCUGUGAGACCUUAGAGAACACUGUUCGUAAGUUGAUAUCAGAGAAUGGUCUUCAAGCUGGUAUCGCCUUCCCUACAGGAUGUUCUCUUAAUAACGUUGCUGCUCAUUGGACACCAAACUCUGGAGACAAGACUGUUCUUCAGUAUGAUGAUGUGAUGAAGCUAGAUUUUGGAACACAUAUUGAUGGGUACAUUGUUGAUUCUGCUUUUACAGUUGCAUUCAAUCCUAUGUAUGAUCCUCUUUUAGCAGCCUCCCGUGAAGCAACAUACACCGGUAUCAAGGAAGCUGGAGUUGAUGUCCGUCUUUGUGAUGUUGGUGCUGCAAUUCAGGAGGUCAUGGAGUCUUAUGAGGUAGAGAUCAAUGGAAAAGUCUACCAAGUGAAAAGUCUCAGAAACCUGAAUGGGCACAGCAUUGGGCGCUAUCAGAUACAUGCUGACAAAUAUGUUCCUAAUGUCAAAGGAGGUGAGCAGACAAAGAUGGAAGAGGGUGAACUAUAUGCCAUUGAAACUUUUGGAUCAACCGGGAAAGGAUAUGUGAGAGAUGACUUAGAAUGUAGCCAUUACAUGAAAAACUUCGAUGUGGGUCAUGUCCCUCUGAGGUUACCAAGAGCUAAACAACUCCUUGCAACCAUUAACAAGAACUUCUCCACUCUAGCCUUCUGCAGACGCUAUUUGGACCGUCUUGGUGAAACUAAAUACUUAAUGGCUUUAAAGAAUCUGUGUGAUUCUGGCAUCAUUGAGCCAUGCCCUCCAUUGUGCGAUGUGAAAGGAAGCUAUAUUUCUCAGUUUGAGCAUACUAUCUUGCUGCGGCCAACUUGCAAAGAGGUUAUUUCCAAAGGAGACGAUUACUGAAAGUGGAGGCAAAUGUUUUGUUGUUUACUUGUAUUGUUCUUCACUAGUUUGUGUAAUAUUAUGGUUUCUUCCGUUUUGUAACAAGUUUGCCAGGUUUCUUUGGCUAGAAACACAGAACUUGAACCAUAGAAAGAAGCUCAACUUCCUCAA